CUUCCCUGUCACUGACGGUGACCGCUCAAUCUCCUCUUAAAAGCCUCUGACCACGGCUUUCCCAUGCCACCUCCCUAGUAGCUCUUUAUUGCGCCACGCCCUCGCCUCGCGCACGCACGCCCACAACCUGUAGCGCCUGCAGCACCUUCCACGGGCGCCAGCCCACAUGACGACGACGACGACGACUCGCCCCGCCGCUCCUACGACCGACGAAGAGGACGCGGUGCUCGCCGCGGCCGCGCCGGUCGAUGCCGCGCCACCGGGCGACGCGGACGGUCGGGAGACGCAGAAGAAGGCGCGGGCCAGGAGCAAGAAGAAGAAGAAGAAGCGGAGGAGGACGCCGAGCGAGGAGGAGGUGGCCGCGCUGCGGUCCGUGCUCCGCUGGGCUCGCCGCGGCGAGGCGGGCGACGACGAGGAGGAGGUCGGAGACUGUGCGCACCUGUCGCAGUUCGGGAGGCGGCGCCCGCGCGUGGCCCUGGAGCUGCACGCGCACUCGGCGCGCAGCGACGGCUCGCUCUCGCCCGCUGCGCUCGUCCAGCGCGCGCACCGCAAUGGGGUGAAAGUGCUCGCACUGACUGAUCAUGACACCAUGGCUGGUGUUCCGGAGGCGAUUGAGUCAGCAAAGGAAUUUUGCAUCAGGAUCAUCCCAGCCGUUGAGAUAAGCGCAGUUUAUCGGCCUGGUAAUGGAUCAGGAGCCGAGGAACCUGUUCAUAUUCUUGCAUACUACGCUAGUUGGGGGCCUGCUAAAUCUCAGGAGCUGGAGAAGGUUCUAUCUAGCAUCAGGGAGGGCCGCUAUACUCGUGCGAAGGAGAUGUUAUUCAAACUUAGGAACCUCGAUAUGCCGCUGAAGUUUGAAGACGUGUGUAAUAUAGCAGGGAAUGGAGUGGCUCCAGGCCGAGUGCACGUGGCACGUGCCAUGAUUAAAGCUGGAUAUGUUGAUAAUCUUAGGCAAGCUUUUAGCAGAUACCUGUAUGAUGGAGGGCCUGCUUAUGCUACUGGUAGUGAGCCAGCUGGGGAAACUGUUGUGCAACUAAUUUGUAGAACUGGGGGUUUAGCAGUUUUGGCUCACCCAUGGGCAUUGAAAAAUCCUGUUCCUGCUAUAAAGGAUUUGAAAGCGGCUGGUCUGCACGGUAUUGAGGCCUAUCGAAGCGAUGGGAAACUAUCUGGAUUGAGCGAUCUGGCAGAUACUUAUGAGCUUUUGAAGCUCGGUGGUUCAGAUUACCAUGGACGAGAUGACAAGGAAGAACCUGAUAUAGGAAGUGUCGAUCUUCCGGUCUUGGCAUUUUUUAAGUUUCUUGAGGUAGCUCAACCAAUCUGGCGUAAUGCUAUGAUGGAAAAUUUUGCCAACACUAUCGAAAGGAUACCUGACUUGAAUGGCUCAAAAGGAUGUCGACGUACUAGCUCUGGAAACGAUUUUUGUAGUAUGUGCCUUUCUUCUCCAGAAUUGGAAGAAACAGACGAUUCUCAGGUUGAGAUCCUCCAAAUGGUUUUUUCAGACAUUAUCCUCAGUAACAGAAGCUGCAAGACGCAUAUUGAGCAGCGGGCAGAAAUCACCUCCCGUCUCCAUUGACAUAGGCUGGUUCGUGCAGUUUUAACAUGAUAUUGGCUGGAGUUCAAUUUAUUCAUAUUUUGGAAAAUUCCAAAUUGUCCAGAGGGCGUGUGGUGAUGUUUUAUAUGAUCGAUUGACUUGAUUGCAGAAGUAACAUGGUAAGAGAUCUGUAAACUAACCAUCAAACUUUCUCUAGAUGUCUUGAUUGUUUUGCUUGAUCGGUUGCAUUUCAUGAGAAUGAUGAAGGCAAAUUCCUCUCCUUUUUUUGUUGGGAGCAUGUCAAAUCUCUUGUAGGAUUUGUAUAUAAUUUCAGCAGAAAAUGGAGCACAUUAUAUCUAAA